AUGUCAUCACGCAAAAGACCCCACGAGUCAACGAAAGAGAACGGUGGCUUAAAUGAUGAUAUGGAAGGAAUUACAAUACAGAAUGGAAGUGAAAGUAUCAAAGUUUAUAGACCGACAUUAUGUAAGCCGGCACCAUAUUCAACAGAUCCAGAAGCAAUAGCAGAGCAUGAAGGAUGUGAUUAUACUCAAAAGAUAACAGUUGAGAUGGCACAGAAUGGAACAGCACCAAGAAAGAUUCGUAUUUAUACGGACGGAAUUUAUGACUUAUUUCAUCAAGGUCAUGCACGACAAAUGAUGCAAGCAAAAAACAUCUUUCCAAAUUCUGAAGUCUAUCUAAUAAUUGGAGCCUGUAAUGAUGAAUUGACACACACGAUGAAAGGCCGAACAGUUAUGACAGAUGUUGAACGAUAUGAAGCAAUUCGUCAUUGCCGAUAUGUCGAUGAAAUUAUUAGAGAUGCACCUUGGAAAAUUACUGAUGAGUUUAUGGCUGAACAUAAGAUUGAUUUUGUAGCUCAAGACUCGACGCCUUAUGUCAGUGAAGAUUGUGACGAUAUUUAUAAAGAGAUUAAGGAAAAGGGAUACUUUGUAGCUACUGAGAGGACUGAAGGAGUUUCAACAUCAGCAAUUGUUUCUCGAAUUGUAAAAGACUAUGACAUUUAUGUCAGAAGGAAUUUGGCGCGUGGAUAUACUGCCAAGGAAUUGAACGUUUCAUUCCUGAACGAAAAGAAAUUCCGUUUACAAAAUAAGUUGGACGAGAUGAAGAAUAAAGGCAAGAAGGUGAUUGAUGAUGUUAAGGGUGACUUUAUUCAGAAAUGGGAGGAGAAAUCCAAUGAAUUCAUUCGUACAUUCUUGAUGCUCUUUGGUCGCGAUAACUUGUCACAAAUUUGGGAUAAAUCAAAAGGUAGAAUUAAGGAUGCCUUACAUAAAAGAAGUCCAAGUCGUAGUAGUUUAUCACCAUCGAGAUCAGAUGAUGAAGGCGAACCUUAUAGCAGUAAUAGCAGCACUAAUGGAAAUAAUAAGCAAGAGCAUGAUUCUCCACCUCCAAAGCGUGUCCAAAGAGGCACGCAUUUAUCUCUGACAUCAGAUGACGACGAAGAAGAGUUUUUAUCACCCACAACAUCCUUCCCACAAUUUUGA